CAGUUCCUUAAAGGAAAAAAAACGCUGGAGUUUACUAAGGCCAGAGUAAUCAAGACCUGUGAGCAGGAUGGCUGGCUGAGCUGGGCCGCCGACUGUCAACGCUCGAUAUAUCGACGAAUCAGCUCUCCAGGCCUAGAGCAGACGAGCGCAGAUGUUUAACGUGUGAAAGAUGCUACAGCUGUGGCCCGUCUUGCUCCUGUGGGGGGCGUGGGGGCGUCUGUGUCUGUCCUCCAGUGCCAGCUUCACUGGGACACCACCGGAGUGUGAACACGCUCACUUUGUCCCUGGUUACAAUCUGGGUGGAGAAGGUUUUGACAUUGUCACGAUGGAGCGUAAAGGGGCUUAUGUUAUUGAUACUGAGAAGUGGAACCUUGGUAAUGGCACCUGCAAAAUGUACAGAAACAGCUACAUGAACAGGGAGAAGCAGAAGGUUCCUGCAGCUGUGGUGGACUGGAGAGCUCUGCCCAAGUGCACCUUGAAGGUCUCAAGCAUAGUAUAUGAUUCUGUUGAAACCCUGGUCAACGACUCCACAUCGUCUGUGUCCAACGACUGGAAAGUUGGCCUCAGUAUCCCAGUAGAUCCCAGUGUCACCGUGGGGGUCGGCCUUGGAGGCUCCCACUCCAGAGACGCUGCCUUCGGCAUGCAGAAGUCAAAACAGGACCGCUACAACUUCUUUCGUCAUUGUGUCUCCUGCAGCUUCUAUAGGUAUCGACUGGCUACACAUCCUCCACUGAGUCCUGACUUUCAGUCAGCCAUCAACUCCCUUCCUCGAUAUGCACCAGCCACUGAAGAAUCCUACCGUGACAUGAUUGACACGUAUGGGACACAUUACAUCACACAAGUGGCUCUUGGAGGCCAGAUAAAAGCCAUCACUUCUGUCAGGACCUGUCAGGCAACCAUGAGUGGCCUGUCAGCCACCGACAUCAGUGACUGUCUGUCAGUUGAAGCUUCUGCUAGUUUUGCAAAUUCUGCCAAAAUUGAUGCCAUGACGAAACACUGUGAGGCAAAGAAAAAGAGUUUAGGCUCCAACCAGAGUUUUAGUAGUACAUUUAAUGAGAGGAACACAGAGGUCAUCGGUGGACACAUCGAUACUGCUGACAUCUUGUUUGAAGGCCAGUCAAACCCAUCGGUCUAUAACACAUGGCUCAGCUCACUGAAGAACACGCCUGAUGUGGUCCGGUACAACAUAAAGCCACUGCACACCAUACUGCCGAGCAGUCAUCCUGCCACCGCCGGACUGAAGCGAGAGGUGGAGAAGUACAUCAAGAGAAACGCAGUGUUGAAGAAAUGCUCUGAAUCUUGUCAAGUAGGGCACAGAUCCAACAAAAGAGAUCCCUGUGACUGCGUCUGCGACAGUAGCCAGAACAUCAAGUCUAACUGCUGUCCUGCUGGGAAAGGUCUGGCAACACUCAGGGUGUUUGGGCUCUAUGCAGUGGAUCUGUACGGUGAUAUGUGGACAAAGACGGAUGGUUCAGUGCAGGUGAGUUAUGGUGAUCAAAACAAGAGAACCAUCAUCAUCAGUGACAAUGAUAAUCCUAAGUGGCCAGAGUCCUUUGAGUUUGGAGCCAUCACUAUCAACAUGAAGAACAUGCUGACGUUCCAAGUUUAUGAUGAGGAUACCUACUGGAACAGUGACCUGCUUGGCGAGUGUUCCUUCGCUCUGCGAAAGGGAAAAGUGAGUGACAGCUGCAUGUUGAAACAUGGAACCUUCUUCUUCUCGUACAUAGUGGAGUGUGCCCCAAGUCUCAGCGGUGCACAGUGUCAGGAUUAUGCUCCCUCCCCCAUGAGCUCGUCUCUGGCCAAAGUGUUCCACACCAGAAAUGGGGUCCUGCUUGGAGAGUCGGGGGAGCAGCCUGCAAAGCCAGAAACACAGUCAGGCUGAGGAUUCUACUCCUUGACCAGUUUCUGGCUGGUAAUACAUUACAAUAUUAGCUUAGCUUUGCUUAAUAAUAAUCAAACCUGCUCUGCUAUUUGUCAACUAAAUCUAAAUAAUGUUUGUUGUAAGACUGUCUACCUUAACUUCCUUUAAAAUCUAACAAUAAAAAAAAAUCUGCAAAUAUGA